UCCGAUUGCGAGGGCAGUAUAGCUCGCCCUGGCAUGUACAGGGAGUGGGCCUCCCUGAGCCCUCGGCUGCUCAAUGGCAGUGAAGAAGGGCACAGUGUGUUGGAAAAGUUUCCCGGCAAUGCUGGUAAAGAUGUUGCCCUGGCAAUCAUCCGUCAGCUGGCCUCCAAUGUUGGUAUUUCACAGCCUCCGCAACCGAGCAAUCUGAUUACUGACAGAGAAGUACAAUGGUGCAUGGAAGUGAUAUGUUUUGGCCUUAGUCUUCCUCUCAGUGAACAUGAUACCAUUCGGGAUUGUGUCAAUGUUUAUUGUGAGUGGCUCUCUGCACUUCAACCUUCUCCGAAAAUAAGUGUACCAAAACCAGUUGUUGAAGACCCUGAUUUAUACGCCCGAAGAAUUAUUGCUCACUUUCACAAUUUAUUUAUUCCACGUAAAGGGGAAGCGUGGACCUUCCUGUAUUCGGACUUAGGGGCUGACACAAUAAACCGCCAGGCAGUGCUUUGUCACCGAGUUCUGCGCACACUUCAACACAUAGCUCAAACCUCAACAACAUUGUCUCGUGACACAUGGGAGGCACUUCUUCUGUUUUUACUUGCUAUUAAUGAUACAUUGCUUGCACCUCCCACCGUCAAGGAUGAUGUUGGUGACCAGCUCUGUGAAAGAGUUCUCAGCGUCCUUCUGGAGGUGUGGCUCUUGGCUUGUGCUCGUUGUUUCCCAUCACCUCCACUAUGGAAGACACUUCGAGAAAUGUGUCACAAUUGGAGACAUCGAGUAGCCCUUGUUGAACAGUGGAACAGAGUUAACUUGGCCCUCACUUCAAGACUCAUUCAAUUUAUGUAUGGCCCUACAUUUCCUGAACUGAAAAUACCUGAGGAAGACGCACAGCUUGUUCCAGCAGAUAUGACUCCUGAUUGCAUUUCACAGAGUUGGUUUAGAUUUCUGCAUACCUUGGGAAAUCCUGCUCAGUUGUGUCGACCAGGAGUCAUAUCACAUACUCAAAAAUUUCUACAGUAUGCCCUGGCUUCAGACAGUGUUGUUGAUCCCUGUCAACAUCCCUGUCUGUCUGCUUUACCUGUCAUCUUUCUUAAGGCCAUCAGAGGUGUAGCAGGACAGGUUGAUGCAUUUCUUGGGAUAGCUCAUUGUAUGCACAUGGAUUUUGGACUGCUGUCAGAGAAGGAACGUAAAGAUGGCUAUUCAUCACCUUUCUCUUCCCCCUCUCUUCACACUGGAGGCUCUCAAACCUCAUGUCCUAGUCCCCUUUCUUCUACACCUACUCCUGUGCCUACCAGACGACUCGCCAAAAGUUUCAGUGUAACCCCUUCUACUGUCACAAAGGGUAUUCCAAAGUCCGCUUUAAUUGGCUUAACAAGCAGCAGAGCUUCCCAUCAUAACCCUCCCACUCCAAACUCAGGACCGUCAUCUACCUCAAGCCUUUCAUCUAUUGUAUCUUUAGGGUCAGAAUUCCGUAAUGCACUAGCACCAUCCAGACCCAAGUGUAACAGUAUCCUCCACUUAUUUGGUGAAUGGUUGUUUGAGGCUGCUCAAAUUGGUUGUGAAUCUGCAUAUGCCAGUCGAGUCAAUGCAACAAGAUCUGAAACAGGGAGCUCGAAGAGGCCGAAUUCUGUACUGAUGGAUUCAACAGCUCGGAAGGGGAGUUCUUCUGUUGUCUCUCUCUCCCAGCCAGGCUCUCUGUCUCUCUCACUUUCAGAUGACACUGAAAGUUUGUCAGCAACAGUGGCUGAUCGUUAUCAAGCGGGCAGAGCAGAGGCUAUGGGGGCUCUUUGUCGUAUAUUUUGUGCAAAGAAAACAGGGGAGGAGAUCUUACCUGUUUACCUUGCAAGAUUCUACCUUACACUUCAACAAGGUCUUCGUGUUGGAGAGGGUUCUGAGUGCAGUGAAGUACUGGCCAGCAUCUUAUUGAACUCUGCAGACUUAUUCCGGCUGGACCUUGAUGGAGUUCAGGUCCUAUUACCGUAUGUCAUUGAUGCACUGGAAGAAGUUCUCCCUGACAAGGAACUCAAAUUAAGGUCAAAUACAGUAUCCAGGACUGAGCUCAGACGUGCUUCUAUUCACCUACUUCUGUCAGUUCUUGUGCUUCCAUUACAUUUUCAGAAUCUUACAAUCAAGGAUUUGAACCCCAACACAGGAAUGGGAUGUUCUGACCGGACUCCUUUGACUUUCUCUCAGCUGAAACCACGCUUGAUGAACCUCCUUAUCAAUGCUUUGCAGGUGGAAUCAGAUCCUCAAAACACGCAAAUGCUCCUUGGAGGAUUAUUGUUAAGUGUUCAAGAUUCUGCAGCAUUUGAGCUAUCAGACCAAGUUUCACAGCCUGAUGCAGGAAAUUCCGGCCUAACCACUAGUGACAGUGCAAGCAAUCUUCUGUCAUCAGCUUCUGACACUAUGAGCUCCCUUAGUCUUCCCAGCCUGACCCCUAGCCAUGGUGAGGAGAUAGUGGAUGGUGCUGAAAGUGAUCGAGAUCCUGGUAGUGCUUUGAGUUGGUUUGAGCGUUUCGACCAACCUCCCUGUUGCGGCAUCAACAAAUAUUCUGCUCAUGCCUUGUUUGUACGGGCAACAUAUUUGGUUUGCCAUCGAUUGAUAUCGAGCUGGAAGACAGAUCUAAACGUAUCAUUAGCUGCUUUGGAGUUGCUGUCAGGACUGGCUCGCAUCUCUAUUAAAGAAACUGAUUCGUUGGAAUGCAAAAGAGCUGUGAAGUGGUUGUGUGAUUACAUUGUCUAUCAAUGCUGGCGUCCUCCUCCAGCUCACUCCAAAGAUCUGCAUUCGACCAUUGUUGCUGCAUUUCAGUGUUGUGCAAUUUGGCUUGUGGCACAUCCAUAUUUGCUGAAAGAUAAAGAAUGCUUAGGAACGGUGCUGGAAGUGGUAGAGUUGGGAAUCUCUGGGUCCAAGUCUGUUGGAAAGCCUGGAGAGCCUGUCAAAAUGAAAGAUGAAAAGGAGCUGAAACCUGCAUCAAUGCGUGUUCGAGACUCUGCUGAAGCUCUACUGACAGUUGUUUUAGAACAGGUGGGAUGUUUUCCAUCACCCUGUGGAGCAGAGUCCCUAUCAUCUUUGUUGGAUGAAGUCUCAUUGCUGCGACACUGCAACUCUUGGCCAACACCUGGUGGUGGUCCUGCUGCUUCUAGUAGAGCAGCUGCAGUCCAGAGGUUCCGGUACUUUGUUCUAGAAAAUUCCACUGUACUAGCGCUAUUGGAAGAGCCUCUAGGGAACGAUCAAGAUCCCCAGCCUACAGUGACAGUUCUCAUUCGGGGUCCAUUUGGGCGGCACGCUUGGGCCAUGCAGCUAAGACAUUUACCUCGACACAAAUCAGGCCUUCCUCACAAAGUGUCAAUGGCAGGAUGCGGAAUGAGUCCAGGACGUCCUGUGCCUAUGGCAGAUCAGAGUACUUAUCAUUCCAGCGCUCAUAGACAUUUUCCAGAAAGUGUUGAUCGUAUUCCACAUUGCAAAAUAGACAAAUCAAUUCCCAGUCUAGAUUCCCUUCUCUCUAAUGAAACAACAGCUAUGGAACACACUCGCUUGGCCCAGUUAAUAGAGAAGCAGGCAUCUUUGGAAGCAGGAGGCAGUUUGGGAGCAAACAGCACACCACUCAGCGCAUCCGCAUCACGCAACGCAUCAUGUCAAGAUGAGCCCUUUGGUGUUUCGGGGGGAUUAGAGAAAGAAUGCACUCCACCUCCGGUUGUGCACGACUUUCAGACUGCCCGGUUAUUUUUGUCUCAUUUUGGUUUCUUGUCCCUUGACUCCCUACAGGAUUGUGUCACUUCACCAGUGCCCCCUCUCACAGCUUUGGAUGCCUGUAACCCAAACUUCUGUGCUGAUCUUGAAGCAUUAGAUAACAUUGGUGUGAGGACAUGUGACACUGCUCAUGUAUUUUAUGUGAGAGCUGGACAGAAGACUGCAUCUGAAAUUGUAGACAAUGUUCUUUCUGAAUCAAGUGUUGAUGCUCAUUUCCUGGAAAUGCUUCUGUGUCUUGGUUGGCCUGUCGAUGUUCACCAACACCCAGGUUGGACGGGGCACAUCAGCACUAGCUGGAAAGUGCACCCUCCUCCAAUUGUUGAACAGUGGGUGAGCACUGACCAUGGAGGAAGCCUGUACAACGGAGACACUCAGGCUCUUUAUUGGGCUGACGUUAGUUCCGAAAUAGCCUUUGUUGUUCCGACAGCGAACAAUAUGGGGAGUGGUUUUCAUGGGACUGAUGCAGAGCGUUCUGAUCCGAACAUGAGCAUAAACACCAGCAGUUGCAGCCUCACAAGUGCUCCUUCCCAACAACAGCAGCAGCUGCCAAGUUCGAGAGGGUGGUACGAGCGAAGUGUCUCUGACUGUGGGGGAGUGAAUGCUGUUGCCCGGAGCCUCAAAAGUUCUGCGAUGCCUGGUGGUCCCGACCGAGGCCGUGACCAAGGUACCGACAGACACACCGCCCUUAACCUGGACAAGCCAAGGGCUUUCUCCCUCGACUUGGACAAAGGCGCCCUCCCCCAGACCCAAACGGGCCCUCCAGGUUCGAGUGAUAGUGGGAGGAGGCGGACAGGCACCUCGAGAGGGGGGCCGCCUCCUCACGCCCCUACCAAAGUCAUGAUAAUUUGGUUGGAAAGCUUUGAGGAUAAUGUUUACGUACCUCUAAGUGACUUGCUGGCAUACACCAGCACAGGUUUGGAAUUGCCGAGUAUUCCCAGUGACUCCUCUCUUUCUGCUGACAAGGACUGUUUUGUCAUUUUUCUUCAUGCACUUCCAAGUGGUCUGUUGAGGGUCAAACUUCAAGGUCCACAGGGACGUAUGAGUUUGGCAACUCCUCUUGUGGACGGUAUGGUUGUUAGCCGACGUGCCUUGGGACCUCUGGUCAGACAGACAGCUUUAAACAUGUGUCGCAGGCGAAGACUGGACAAUGACAGCUACCAACCUCCCCAUGUGAGAAGACGCCUGAAAGUACAGGAGUUAGUGAGCAAGUACCGUACACACAUGACAGAAGCGGAGCUUCUAACCUACCUCUUCCAUGAUCCUCCACUGUGAUUUUUAAAGAAUCUGUGAUUUUUCUGUAUCGACCAAUGCAAGUAUUAGUGUUACACAUGAGUUGUUUUUGUUAUCAGAGAAAAGAUCCAUAAACUCUCUAUGCGUGUACAAACGCUGCAAAUUGCAAAUAGGAGUCUCUAAUGCAGGGCUCCGCAAGAUGCAAAGAGAGGGGUUGCGUGAUUGAUUGAUUGAUUGAAUAUUUUUAUUUAUUUGAUUGUGGGUGUUGUUAUCCUUUUGCUUCACCUUUGUAUUAUUGUUGUCAAGUGUACUGUAAUGGUUUUAGUAUAUAUUUUCUCUCUCUCCUUGGCACAGUACUUUGAUCUGUUAAAGACUGAGCACUGUUAUAUUCACUUUGAAGUCUCUAUUAUUAAUGCUAGCCAUAGCUGUUGACAUCACCACUGCUUAUGGAUUCUGUUGUUCUACUGCUACUUACCAGUUAAAAUUUGUAUUUUUUUCACUUUUGUUUUUAAUGCAAUCUGAUUUUUGUAAUCUAAAAUUCUUCUAUCCUGUAACUGUCAGUUUGCUCUAUAUAAUACUUGUAUUAAAAUGCAUGAAUAUUAUUUUUUUAAAGUAUAUUUCUCAUUAUUAUUGAUCAUGUUUUAACUGUACUUUUGUUCUUUGAGGUACUCUGUUUUAAUAAACCCUAUUGCAAAAUAAA